AGCGCACCGCCACGAAGGUUAAAAUAAUUCUAAAAAUAAUCACUUUUAUAUGAGCUGACGGAACGGAACGAUCGCAAGGGCUACUUAUUAGACAUUUCUUCAACGCUCUGCACAACUGAUGUGUCGGAGUCUUGAGCAAAUCCCGUCCAUCACCCGUCGGCGAACGCACAUGUGCCGCAGUUGUAUACAGAGCAGCGUACGCUAAUGAUAUUGUUAUUGAUGUAAUAUAAUUAUGAACAGGCCACAGCAGGAUGCCGGCGGCGGCGCUGUUAGUAAGACAAAAUCCACCGGAAGCACACGGAGUACACGGACUACCGACACACAAGCGGAUCAUUCGUUGCUCGCCGGCUAUCAUCCCCGACGGCCGGUUAUCUCCCGGAGUCCCGAAUCCUUCCGCCGGUUGGCGGUAUUUCAUAUUUGUUCGGGGAUACUGGCCAUCGUCUUCCAAGCUAUUGUGACCGGCGUUGUAGUAAACCUCAACCAUCCCAAACAUCCAGUAUUCCACGAUAAUUCCUCCCAAGCCCAGACGCUGGCCAAAGCCUCCAUCGGCAUCAUCGCCGGCUGCAUCUACAUCUGCCUGGGCCUGUACGGCCUGUACAUGUCGCAGAACAUCUUCACCCUGCCCUUUGACGUCCUCAAGGAGCGCCUGUGGCUCUUCAACGUCCUCAACGGGGCCACGGCGCUGGCCUCCAUGUGCCUGUUCGGUGCCGGGUCCUACCUGGCCAAGAGCAGUGCGGUGUGGUUCAGUCCGGUGCCCACCUACAUCUCCACGCAGUUCGUCCUGGCCGCCAACGUCAUCCUCACCGUCGUGGCCGCCUUUGAAGUGUGUGUGGGCGCCGCCGGGGUUUUUAUGAAAUAGUUGCUCGAUUCUACAUGUUGGAAAUUAAUAGUAGUUAUUAUGAUAAUCAUGUUAUUUUGGAUUUGGAUUGUGUUGUACAGGUUUGAAUUUUUUAAUACGUUAUAUACAGUAAUAAAAUGUGCUGCUUCAUUGCUAUGUUGCCGGCAUGUUAAAAUUGCAACUCCUGUGAAAAUUGUAUUGUCGUUUAAUUGUUAAACCGGUUGCCUAUACAAAACGGCAUGCAUAAAGCGCUGUACACUGACCGAUUUCAAAUGCAUCGGCAUUUCUCUGCUGCUGGCUUCCCUUUUUUUCGACCACUUUGGCGAAUGCGGUAAAUUUCACGCUACUAGUAAAAUAAUACGAGUUAAAAAUUAAUGCAUAUUUGAUUUGAUGGCCCCGUAAAUAGUGCUUAUAUGAACGCAUCUAACUACUGUAUUCUUUUGGAAAUACAGUACUUGAAGUAUACAGAAUUAAAUAUUAUGGUACUGCUACAA